AGAGCCUGGGACCUUGUGGGGCAUCUCAAAAACAUCCCAUGAGCUUGUCAGCACUUUGUAAUCUCCUUUCUCCCUCCUCUCCGGGAAAUUUCUUGCAAAGGUGUUGACAAAGUCAGAGGAUGCAGGAGCAGCUCGUGGUCAGCUCUGUCUCCCCGAGCACCCACCAAACCCUCCUGCCUCUGUCAGAGCCUCUCCUCACCUCUGGCAGCCUGGCUGGCUUGGAGGGGAUGGAAAGCUGCUCCUAAUGACAGAGCAGGAAUCAUUCUGGCUGUUACCUUGAUAACAAAACCAGCGAGCUGCCUUUAAACUGCCAGCAGGAGUAAAAAUGCAAGGCAUUUGUUUAGGGAAAGCUUCAGUCUCUGGGUGUUUUUGGGAGGAAAAAAACAUACACAAGACUGUUUGCUGUUGCUUGAAUCCUCUUUUGUGAUCCCCCUCUCUCGGAUGGCUCUGUGACUUUCGACAACUCACGCUGUAGGUGGAUGUUUGUGCUUGGAGAUGUUUUUCCAUAUGCUCCUCAUAGCUCCGCUCGUGGAUUUUGCACAUGGGCUGAAGGAGAGAGGUAGGCUGCUCUAAUAUCAUAUGAUAAUGUGAAAUUAGCUCCACUUUACAUAAACUGAGACAGCCAGGCUCUUGUAGGCCUGGCUAGGGUGGGCUGGGGGUUCCUGCCCUCCUUCCCGUGUGCUGGGAAGGGAGGCAGAGCCCAGGGGUGGCUGCAGCAGGGUCCCGGAUCUGCACACCCGGCUCUGCUCUCCCGUAAUCCACUGCCGGCUCAGGGUGAAUUCCAGCCCGCCGUGGAAAUUUAGGUCAAAGGUGCUUUUAGUUCAGAGGAAUAUGAUCAAAUUAGGGCCUUUUGUGUUUGCCUGUGUUGGUUUGUUGGGUUUUUUUUUGUUUGUUUGUUUGUUUUUCUGAAGGGACUUGUGUAGGCAGGGCUGCAGGAAGAGCUUGGCACAUGGAUGGGCAGAUCCUGACCACCCCUGAACCAGGACAGCACUGCCUGUGCCUGUGGCAGGGCUGGAAUUUCAGCUGGAAGGGUCACCAUUGGUGCAGAGUUGGUUUUCAGCCAGGGAUGUGUUUCUGGCCCUACCUGGAAGGGAUUGGUGUGGGCACAGCUGGCAGAGCCCCUGAGCCUGUGGUGUUUCCCCAAGCCCACCCCGAGGGAGGGUUGGCUCAGGGACUUCCCCGGAUUAAAAUUUUAUCCCUUGAGGAAAGCAAUGUCACCAUGCUGGUUGUGAGCUGGGAGGUUUCCUCCAAAGCCCCUGCAGUCCUGGGAAAUGGGGAAACUUUGUUGUUGCCACCCCGUUGUCCCAGCUCUGCCAGGAGGAGCUGGUGGGGUGUCACCCAAACUCCAGGUGACAUCCCUUGGGAGCUUCCUUUGGUCCUGCUUGUGCUCCUCUGUGCCUGCUCCAGCAGGGCCUGUUUUGUGUCACCCCCUCGGUUUUCCACCGAUCCAAUGAACCAUCCUUUGGUGUCAUUUCCAGCUCCUGGUGCCCUGGGCAGCUGCUCACUGGAAGCAGCAUGGCUGUGGGCUGGCAGGAGCAGAGAGGAGGCACAGGGAAAUCCAGCCUUCCACUGGCAGCAGGGAGGAGGGCAGGAAUUAGGUUUGUGGUUUAGUGCCUCAUCUGCUGGGACCUCUUUGCUGAGAGGAGACUGCUGUGUUUGUGUCAGAAAUCAGCUGUUGUGGGAUUGGGGUGUUAAUCAGCUCUGUGUCUGCAGGGCAGGGGCAGCCCCACAGCCCUGGGCCUUCCUGAAUCCCACAGGGAUCCUGCACCCCAUAGAGAUCCUGCACCUCAUAGAGAUCCUGCAUCCCACAGGGAUCCUGCACCUCACAGGGAUCCUGCAUCCCAUAGAGAUCCUGCAUCCCACAGGGAUCCUGCAUCCCACUGCCAUCCUGUGUCCCACUGUCAUCCUGUGUCCCACUGUCAUCCUGUGUCCCACUGUCAUCCUGGCCUCCAUUCCUCUCUGA